AUGGUCAAUGAUAUCAAGGCGGUGAGUCUCUCCAAUGAUUUAUCCAAAUUUGCUGAUGAUAUUGCAAUAAUAGCACCAGUUUAUGAUUACGAAGAUUCAGCUGGGGAUGAAGUAGAAAAUAUGAAGCUAUGGUCAAACGAGAAUAGAAUGUCUUUAAACAUGGAGAAAACCUAUGAAAUGAUAGUUCGCGGAAAAGUGUCUACUCCCCUUCCGGAUCACAUCCCAUCCAUAAAACGGAAAGAAUGGCUCAAAUUAUUGGGUGUCACGAUGGAAGCCAUACCUGGUAAAUGGGAUAAACAUUUCGAAGAGAUGAUGAAAAAGCUAGUAGAAGAAUGUAUAUUCUAAGGGUUUGUAAACACUACGGGCUCUCUACACAUCAAUUGGAUCUUCUCUUCAAUAGUCUCAUAGUCUCUCUUUUCACCUUUGCAGUCGAAGUUUGGGGUGAAGCAUCGUACAACAAAUACGUAAGUCAAAUUGAUAAGUUUGUCAAUCGUGCCUAUAGAAAUGGUUAUACAAGCAACAGAUCAGAUUUUAAAGCAACAAUAUCGAACAGAGACAAGAAAUUAUGGUCAAGAAUUAUAAAUGAUGAUAAGAAUGCCUUACGCAAUCUUUUACCUA